AUGAAGGAGAUACCCAGCGACGGUUUUAUCAUAUUCCGAGGCAUCUUCCAUACAACAACGCUGAUUACAACGUCGACGGAAGUGCUGGCAGACGUUUUUGUACAUAAGAGCCACAAUUUUGGGAAGCCACCGUUGAGGAAAACAAUUAUGAGGAAGAUCAUCGGGAACAGCCUAGCUACGGCUGACAGCGACGAGCACAGACACAUGCGUAAAAUCAUUAUACCAGCCUUCCACUUCCGGAACAUUAGAGAUCUGUAUCCCAUGUUUUGGGCAAAAUUGACUGAGUUUUGUCAUGCACUGAGCAAGGAUUUUGGUGAGCGGUCGGAUCGAGUACUAGAGAUCGGGCACUAUUCUACCCAAGUUACCAUGGAUAUGAUAGGCCUAGGGGGCCUGGGUCGCGACCUUAAUUCUUUGCAGUAUAGCGAUGAUGAGCUGGUCAAGAUCUACGAGGAUAUUUUCGAACCAAUGAAAAAGAAAGUGCUCUAUUUCCUUUUCCAUAUUUUCUUGUCUCCUUGGGUGGUUGAACGGCUGCCACGGGGGCUUAACAAGAGGUUAAAGGUCGGGAGGAGCCGCUUGAGAAAAAUAUGUAGCGAUUUUGUAGCUGAAAAAAAGGUCAAAAUUAAGGUCGAGAGCUCAGGCAGCCAGAAAAGCCAAGAUAUUCUGUCGUGUACAAUCAGAAGUAAUGAAUUCCCGGACGAGAAUCUCGUGUACCACCUUCUUACGACCUUAGCGGCUGGCCAUCUGUGGUCAGAAAUCUAUGAAUACAUACCAGAUCCAAAGGUGCUCUUAAAAUCGGCCUUCGACGUCGCCGGCCUCUUGGAAAGCAUGCCCUGCCUCAACUGCGUGUGUAACGAAGUGCUUCGACUCUUCCCCACGAUUCCUAUAAUCAUGCGCGUCGUUAUUCGCGACACAACGGUUGCGGGGCACCAUAUCCCGGUCGGAACAACAGUUUAUCUUGUUCCGUGGGCGACAAAUUGCCACUCCACAAUGCGGGGCCCAGAUGCCGAGGAGUUUGUGUCUGAACGUUGGAUCGACAAGGAAACUGGACGCCCGACCAUGAGGGGUGGAGCAGAGAGUAACUAUAGUUUUCUGACAUUUUUGCACAGACCAAGAAGUUGUAUUGGCGAGAGGUUUGCGAGGGCUGAGCUGCGGGCACUCAUGGCGGCGUUGGUGGGUAGCUUUGCGAUGGAGUUGGCGGACCCGCUGGAAAAAGUCGUCGCAGGUGGGACGAUUACGAGUAAGCCGGUAAAUGGGAUGAGGCUGAAGCUGCAACCAGUAGGAUUGGGCUUUGGAUAGAUCGAAUGGCGUUGACAACUGUUUGUCCGAUACGCAAUACGUGGCGCUCCACUCUUGUCCAUUGCCACUGUGGUUCUUUCGAUAUCCAUCUCUUGGUGUAUUAUUGAGUACAUAAGCGAGCGUUUAUUUCUCCCCAUAUGAGAUACGGUGACCCAGUGAAGGAAGGUGGAAAAGGGGAUCAACGGAAAGGUGGGGAUGUGGCUGUGCUAGGUCGAAGUCUGGGGCGUUGUCUGGUGGUCAUGCGGAAAAGCCAAGGCGCGAAGGA